UUAGCGUCGAAAAAAAGAGGCGCAACACUUUGUGAAAUGUUUUUCUUUUGAACAAUCGGUAAACGCGGAAGUCAAAACAAACAUAUAGGUGAUCGGGUAUAAAUAGAACCCUUGGGAUGUUUCGCUACGUCGUUAAUAUUACAAGAGUGGUAUAUAAGUGGGCAUUAAGUCUAAUUUUGGAUUACGGAAUGCUGGGAAUAGAAUACAGGAAGAAGACCUUGAGGAUCUUAUUGUAUGGCGAUAUUUACGCUCAACCGGCGUCAGAAGGAUGUGAAUAAAAUCUAUUUUAUUACCAACAACUUAAAGAGGAAGAUUAUCAGUAUAAAAAAAUUAACAAAUUGUUUUAAUAAUACAACUACUUAUCUAUCAAUAAGUUGAAUUAUUUACAAGCUUUAUAAUUGUUG